CUGACGUCACUGCGUAUGUCCAUAACAGGGCUGCAGCUGUCUGAGAGCAACAAUAACAAGCUCUACCCAACAACUUUAACGCGGCUUUAACGGUACCUGACAGCGGCCAAUAUUACCAAAUUUCACAAAAUGCCGCUGUCGGAAUAACGCUCGUUCGUCGUCCGAGUUGAAAACCGGGUUGUCGUUGCUGCCACCGCCGCGAAACACACACGGAGACUCGGCCGCAGGGGGAACAGGGCAGUUCGGGGCUGCAUCUGGGUCAGUGGGCCUGUCGGCGGCUGUAACGGUGGUUGUUAUCCCCGCAGUAUCCCGUUGCGUCUGUCAUUCGUUUCUACAUACACCGUGUCUGCUGUAUAAACCGGAAUAACAUGCAGGCUAACGGGGCAGGACAGGACCGAGAUUCCGAACUGUCCUGCCGAAACGGUGCGCCGAACGGUGAGUCGUCCUCCGCCGGGUUAGCUCACUCCAACGGACUAUCAGUCACCAACAAUGGAACCAGUGUCGGCAAUAACAACGGAGUGUCAGCCCAGCCCUCCGCCAACAACAGCAACAGCACGGCUGAGGCCAACUUGGCCGUGAAGAAGAAGAAGCGUCUGUCUCAGUCCGAGGAGGACAUCAUCAGGCUGAUAGGACAACAUCUACACGACCUGGGUCUCAACCUCCAAAAAUGCGAUUACAAAAUGACUAAAAGAAAAAUAAGAACCCCAUCAAUUACAAUAGGGCCUUCGCACAGUCAGUGCUCGGGCCCUAAUAAAUGGUAUGUGUUGAUCUCAUGUGGGAAAAUGUUGCAGUACAUACAACCUGUGUUGACCUUGGUGACCUCUCCUUGUCUUCCUGUACAGAGGAUGAAGUUCCUGCUGCUGCAGCAGAAGUAUCUGGAGUAUUUGGAAGAUGGGAAGGUCCUGGAGGCCCUGCAGGUCCUCAGAGCCGAGCUCACUCCUCUCAAGUACAACACAGAGCGUAUCCACAUCCUGAGCGGGUACCUGAUGUGCAGUCAUGCAGAAGACCUCCGAGCCAAAGCAGAGUGGGAAGGCAAAGGCACAGCAUCCCGAACAAAGCUGCUGGACAAGCUGCAGACCUAUCUGCCUCCGUCAGUGAUGCUGCCUCCUCGCCGCCUGCAGACUCUGCUGAAGCAGGCGGUGGAGCUGCAGAGGGAGCGCUGCCUCUACCACAACACCAAAUUGGACAGUGGACUGGACUCUGUGUCCCUGCUGCUGGACCACGCUUGCAGCCGGAAACAGUUCCCUUGCUACACUCAGCAGAUUCUAACCGAACACUGCAAUGAAGUCUGGUUCUGCAAAUUCUCCAACGACGGCACAAAACUGGCAACCGGGUCCAAAGACACCACUGUCAUUGUGUGGCACGUCGACACGGAAACCCAGCAGUUAAAGUUGAUGAAGACUCUGGAGGGCCAUGCUUAUGGUGUUUCCUACCUGGCAUGGAGCCCUGAUGAUGUCUACCUGAUAGCCUGUGGUCCUGAUGACUGCUCUGAGCUGUGGCUGUGGAACAUACAGACGGGGGAGUUGCGUACCAAGAUGAGUCAGUCUCAUGAGGAUAGCCUGACCAGCGUAGCCUGGAAUCCAGAUGGCAAACGCUUUGUCACUGGCGGCCAGAGAGGCCAGUUCUACCAGUGUGACUUGGAUGGAAACCUGCUGGACUCAUGGGAAGGAGUUCGGGUCCAGUGCCUGUGGUGUCUGAGUGACGGCCGGACCGUCCUCGCAUCAGACACCCACCAACGCAUCCGUGGAUACAAUUUUGAGGACCUGACGGACAGAAACAUGUAAGUCACCACCCCGACUGGGCUAAG